AUGAAAAAAGAGAAUUUACACCCAAACUAUAACGCUGAAACGCCGCAGAGGUUUUUCUCCAGAAUGGGCAGGAAUGACGACGACAACGACGACGAUGAUGAUGAUGAUGAUGAUGAUGAUGAUGAUGAUGAUGAUGAUGAUGAUGACAAAGACGAUGAUGACGAUGACGAUGACGAUGACGAUGACGAUGACGAUGACGAUGACGAUGACGAUGAUGAUGAUGAUGAUGAUGAUGAUCACAAGAGUUAUCACAAGGCAGGAGCCCAUCACCCGCGGCCGCGCAAGGUAGUUGCAAUAACAACAACAAUUUCAAGUAAUGGAAGAUUGGUUGGGCUGAAUGACUCUGAUUAAUUAGUUUGUGUAAGACUCUGCAUUAGAAAGUUUUUCGCUUAAUUAUCGCAUUCAUUGUCAGAAUGUAUAUCUAUUCUAGCCGUGGAGGUUUCACCACAGGAUGGGCAGGUAUAACGACGACGACGACGAUGAUGAUGAUGAUGAUGAUGAUGACAAGGAUGAUGACAAGGUAGGGGCAAUAACUACAACAAUUUCUUAUAAUGGAAGAUUGGUUGGGCUGAAUGACUCUUAUUAAUAGGACGAUUGCACGAUGACGAUAUCUGACUACAACUACCAGAAUUCAUUUCGGUUUUGCUUUGUUAUUUAAAUUUGUCAAUGCCUCUGAGGAUUAAAUAACCUUAAUUUGCACAAGAAAACAACAAACUCAAGGAUUCUGGUAGUUGUAGUAAAAUGACGUCAUCGUGCAAUUGUCCUAUUAAUUUGUUUAAGAUUGCGCAUUAGAAAGUCUUUCGCUUAAAUAUCGCAUUCAUUGUCAGAAUGUAUAUCUUUCCUUGCCACAGAGGUUUUUCCCCAGCAUGGGCAGGAAUGACGACGACGACGACAAAGACGGCGAUGAUGAUGAUGAUGAUGACAAGGAUGAUGAUAAGGUAGUGGUAAUAAUAGACUGCUUGCAGUCCGCCUUUUCUCUUAAAAACUGUCUAGUUCUUACCUCAUCCAGCGCGAUAGCAAACCGCGACGUUAUUAUUACAAUGAGGGAUUGAGACCAGGCGAGAAAAGACGGACUGCUGACUCUUUUGUAGUAAACAAACCCUCCGUCAGCCCAGAAACGGAGUAACCAAUUGGUCAAUUGCACAGCUGUUGACAGAUAAUUGACUAGUCUGUUGUGAGAUUGCAAGCAAUUAAAAUAGUCACGCAUCACAACGAACUGCAAACAAUAGCGAACCAAACAGUAAUCUCAGUAAUAAAACUUUUAAGGAAAACUUACAGCGGGAAACUGCUGUGAAUUUCUUAAAGGGAAACGAAUUCGGGGCAAUCUUGCCAGAUUUAAAGAAAGUGUAAUUUUUUUCAGUUGUUUAUGUUUUAUUUGUAAAUCGUUUCAAGUUACUAGGGUUUAAUUGUUUAAUUAAAUUACCUUGACAGUUUCGUUGUCCCCAGGCAAAACAAAAGAGUUAGCAGUCUCUUAUUUUUUUCUUCUCGGGCUUACGCCCUCGUUUCUCACGACUCGCAGCUUUGCCGCUCGCGUUCUUAGGUUUCGCGUGCAGUAACUUUGCAAAGAAAAAUAAGAGACUGCUCGCAGUCUAUGGCAAUAACUACAACACCCACAACAAUUUCUAAUAAUGGAAGAUUGGUUGGGCUGAAUGACUCUUAUUAAUUAAUUUGUUUAAGACUGCGCAUUAGAAAGUCUUUCGCUUAAAUAUCGCAUUCAUUGUCAGAAUGUAUAUCUUUCCUUGCCGCAGAGGUUUUUCCCCAGCAUGAGCAGGAAUGACGACGACGACGAGAAAGACGGCGAUGAUGAUGAUGAUGAUGAUGACAAGGAUGAUGACAAGGUAGGGGCAAUAACUACAACAAUUUCUAGUAAUGGAAGAUUGGUUCGGCUGAAUGACUCUUAUUGAUUAAUUUGUUUAAGACUGCGCAUUAGAAAGUCUUUCGCUUAAAUAUCGCAUUCAUUGUCAGAAUGUAUAUCUUUCCUUGCCACAGAGGUCUUUCCCCAGCAUGGGCAGGAAUGAUGACGACGACGACGAUGAUGAUGAUGAUGAUGAUGAUGACAAGGAUGAUGACAAGGUAGGGGCAAUAACUACAACAAUUUCUAAUAAUGGAAGAUUGGUUCGACUGAAUGUCUAUUCGAGACUAUUAUUGAUUAAUUUGUUUAAGAUUGCGCAUUAGAAAGUCUUUCGAUUAAAUAUCGCAUUCAUUGUCAGAAUGUAUAUCUUUCCUUGCCACAGAGGUCUUUCCCCAGCAUGAGCAGGAAUGAUGACGACGACGACAAAGACGGCGAUGAUGAUGAUGAUGAUGAUGACAAGGAUGAUGACAAGGUAGGGGCAAUAACUACAACAAUUUCUAGUAAUGGAAGAUUGGUUGGGCUGAAUGACUCUUAUUAAUUAAUUUGUUUAAGCCUUCGCAUUAGAAAGUCUUUCGCUUAAAUAUCGCAUUCAUUGUCAGAAUGUAUAUCUUUCCUUGCCGCAGAGGUCUUUCCCCAGCAUGAGCAGGAAUGAUGACGACGACGACAAAGACGGCGAUGAUGAUGAUGAUGAUGAUGACAAGGAUGAUGACAAGGUAGGGGCAAUAACUACAACAAUUUCUAGUAAUGGAAGAUUGGUUGGGCUGAAUGACUCUUAUUAAUUAAUUUGUUUAAGACUCCACACUAGAAAGUCUUUCGCUUAAAUAUCGCAUUCAUUGUCAGAAUGUAUCUCUUUCCUUGCCGCAGAGGUUUUUCCCCAGCAUGGGCAGGAAUGAUGACGACGACGACAAAGAUGGCGAUGAUGAUGAUGAUGAUGAUGACAAAGUAGUGGCAAUAACUACAACAAUUUCUAGUAAUGGAAGAUUGGUUGGGCUGAAUGACUCUUAUUAAUUAAUUUGUUUAAGACUCCACACUUAAAUAUCGCAUUCAUUGUCAGAAUGUAUAUCUUUCCUUGCCGCAGAGGUUUUUCCCCAGCAUGAGCAGGAAUGACGACGACGACGACAAAGACGGCGAUGAUGAUGAUGAUGAUGAUGACAAGGAUGAUGACAAGGUAGGGGCAAUAACUACAACAAUUUCUAGUAAUGGAAGAUUGGUUGGGCUGAAUGACUCUUAUUAAUAGGACAAUUGCACGAUGACGAUAUUUGACUACAACUACCAGAAUUCAUUUCGGUUUUGCUUUGUUAUUUAAAUUUGUCAAUGCCUCUGAGGAUUAAAUAACCUUAAUUUGCACAAGAAAACAACAAACUCAAGGAUUCUGGUAGUUGUAGUAAAAUGACGUCAUCGUGCAAUUGUCCUAUUAAUUUGUUUAAGAUUGCGCAUUAGAAAGUCUUUCGCUUAAAUAUCGCAUUCAUUGUCAGAAUGUAUAUCUUUCCUUGCCACAGAGGUUUUUCCCCAGCAUGGGCAGGAAUGACGACGACGACGACAAAGACGGCGAUGAUGAUGAUGAUGAUGACAAGGAUGAUGAUAAGGUAGUGGUAAUAAUAGACUGCUUGCAGUCCGCCUUUUCUCUUAAAAACUGUCUAGUUCUUACCUCAUCCAGCGCGAUAGCAAACCGCGACGUUAUUAUUACAAUGAGGGAUUGAGACCAGGCGAGAAAAGACGGACUGCUGACUCUUUUGUAGUAAACAAACCCUCCGUCAGCCCAGAAACGGAGUAACCAAUUGGUCAAUUGCACAGCUGUUGACAGAUAAUUGACUAGUCUGUUGUGAGAUUGCAAGCAAUUAAAAUAGUCACGCAUCACAACGAACUGCAAACAAUAGCGAACCAAACAGUAAUCUCAGUAAUAAAACUUUUAAGGAAAACUUACAGCGGGAAACUGCUGUGAAUUUCUUAAAGGGAAACGAAUUCGGGGCAAUCUUGCCAGAUUUAAAGAAAGUGUAAUUUUUUCAGUUGUUUAUGUUUUAUUUGUAAAUCGUUUCAAGUUACUAGGGUUUAAUUGUUUAAUUAAAUUACCUUGACAGUUUCGUUGUCCCCAGGCAAAACAAAAGAGUUAGCAGUCUCUUAUUUUUUCUUCUCGGGCUUACGCCCUCGUUUCUCACGACUCGCAGCUUUGCCGCUCGCGUUCUUAGGUUUCGCGUGCAGUAACUUUGCAAAGAAAAAUAAGAGACUGCUCGCAGUCUAUGGCAAUAACUACAACACCCACAACAAUUUCUAAUAAUGGAAGAUUGGUUGGGCUGAAUGACUCUUAUUAAUUAAUUUGUUUAAGACUGCGCAUUAGAAAGUCUUUCGCUUAAAUAUCGCAUUCAUUGUCAGAAUGUAUAUCUUUCCUUGCCGCAGAGGUUUUUCCCCAGCAUGAGCAGGAAUGACGACGACGACGAGAAAGACGGCGAUGAUGAUGAUGAUGAUGAUGACAAGGAUGAUGACAAGGUAGGGGCAAUAACUACAACAAUUUCUAGUAAUGGAAGAUUGGUUCGGCUGAAUGACUCUUAUUGAUUAAUUUGUUUAAGACUGCGCAUUAGAAAGUCUUUCGCUUAAAUAUCGCAUUCAUUGUCAGAAUGUAUAUCUUUCCUUGCCACAGAGGUCUUUCCCCAGCAUGGGCAGGAAUGAUGACGACGACGACGAUGAUGAUGAUGAUGAUGAUGAUGACAAGGAUGAUGACAAGGUAGGGGCAAUAACUACAACAAUUUCUAAUAAUGGAAGAUUGGUUCGACUGAAUGUCUAUUCGAGACUAUUAUUGAUUAAUUUGUUUAAGAUUGCGCAUUAGAAAGUCUUUCGAUUAAAUAUCGCAUUCAUUGUCAGAAUGUAUAUCUUUCCUUGCCACAGAGGUCUUUCCCCAGCAUGAGCAGGAAUGAUGACGACGACGACAAAGACGGCGAUGAUGAUGAUGAUGAUGAUGACAAGGAUGAUGACAAGGUAGGGGCAAUAACUACAACAAUUUCUAGUAAUGGAAGAUUGGUUGGGCUGAAUGACUCUUAUUAAUUAAUUUGUUUAAGCCUUCGCAUUAGAAAGUCUUUCGCUUAAAUAUCGCAUUCAUUGUCAGAAUGUAUAUCUUUCCUUGCCGCAGAGGUCUUUCCCCAGCAUGAGCAGGAAUGAUGACGACGACGACAAAGACGGCGAUGAUGAUGAUGAUGAUGAUGACAAGGAUGAUGACAAGGUAGGGGCAAUAACUACAACAAUUUCUAGUAAUGGAAGAUUGGUUGGGCUGAAUGACUCUUAUUAAUUAAUUUGUUUAAGACUCCACACUAGAAAGUCUUUCGCUUAAAUAUCGCAUUCAUUGUCAGAAUGUAUCUCUUUCCUUGCCGCAGAGGUUUUUCCCCAGCAUGGGCAGGAAUGAUGACGACGACGACAAAGAUGGCGAUGAUGAUGAUGAUGAUGAUGACAAAGUAGUGGCAAUAACUACAACAAUUUCUAGUAAUGGAAGAUUGGUUGGGCUGAAUGACUCUUAUUAAUUAAUUUGUUUAAGACUCCACACUUAAAUAUCGCAUUCAUUGUCAGAAUGUAUAUCUUUCCUUGCCGCAGAGGUUUUUCCCCAGCAUGAGCAGGAAUGACGACGACGACGACAAAGACGGCGAUGAUGAUGAUGAUGAUGAUGACAAGGAUGAUGACAAGGUA